ACCGAUAGAAUACCAGACUGGACUGAUAUUCGGACAAUACAAUCGAAAACGACAACUGUUGGCGAAUCAAGUUUGUGUCUACCACAUCGAUCCCGAAAUCAGGGUCGUCUCCUCCUCCAUUAAACAUCUCUCUCUCUCUCUCUCCAUCUCUCCCCUCGUGGACUUGUUGUUUUGUGAAGAUGCAAGCUUUCUACGUAUUCGUCGUCUCUCUGCUUCUCACCCUUAAUUACAGGGGAGAAGCUAGUGGCUCUGUUUUCUUCAUCGAUGGAUCCAACAACCAAUAUCUUCGUCCACCAUCAGAUCAGGCGAUUCCCAUGUCCCUCUCUGAGAUAUCUGCAUCAGUGUCUGCCUUGUUGGGUUUUGCACCUCCAGCUACUUUGACUGCUCAUGGCUCAUCCCAGCUGAACAAGAUUCUGAAGCCUAAUCCAUUUGAGAGGCCACGUGCUGCUUUUGUGCUAGAAAUCGCCGGAGCUCAUGAUGCGCUUGUGGAAGCCCAUUCUUUCUUGGGAAAUGCCAUAAGAGGCAGUAUCAGUUCUGAUUCUUACAAUGCUGAUAUUGAACUUCCAGAAAGUGGAGUGUCUGUUGUGUCUGUCAAUGAACCUUCAUCUGAUGUGACUGACAAAGACAUGAAUGAGUUUGCAUCUUGGUUGGGUGGAUCAUAUGUUACUGGCUCUACUGAAACAUUGACUGGAUUGCUGAGUAUCCCUUUGGCUGGUGGCGCUAAUGUGGAGUUCCAUUUGGAGAAGGAAGCAGAGAGGAAGUUUGCAAUGAACCUUUUGGAUCUAUAUAAGAAUAUCAGAGGGGCAAUCAAUCUUCAUGGUAUUGAGGGCCCUGCUGAAUUAACGGUUGGACGCUUUGGCGGUAUCCAUGCUUUAGCAGAGGAGUAUGGACAAGGUAUGGCUAAGCAAGGGAUGGAUGUGUUGCUUGCCACACUAUCAAAGCUAUUCGAUCUGCUAGAGACAUCUCACAAAGGCCAAAUUGUUGGAGUGAUCGUCCUUGAUGAGAGAGUAAACCAAGAAUCAGCUAAUCUGCUGAGCGUUGAGUCUUCUUCUGGUUCAUCUGCACGGUCUAUGGCUGAGGUAGAGGGAGUUCCAAGUGGAGCCAUUAUCGCUCAAGUUAUACUUGUUAGGCUGACGCUUGCAUGGUUAACUGGAAUCAUCCUACUCAUUGCAACUAUCCUUGGGGUGUACUUCCUUAUGUACAUGCCUUUGACAAAGGACACGCUCCUAUACUCAAACGUGAAGCUCGAUUAAGACAUAAAUACAGAACUUCAAAACGUCAAGUGAAUCUUCAGAUUGAUCGUUUACAUCUUUUUGUGUGUUUCUCAACUGGCUGCACUUGAAACCAGUAAUAUUUGAAUGUUUUAAGAGAAGAGGUUGACACUUUUUGUGGCCGGACCAGUGGAUGUGUUUAUCUGUAUAUUGUUGCAAUAAGGUUUCAUUCUUGAUUUAUUAUUUGUUUUCUUCUUUACCUACAUGUGAGUCUCAGUCCUAAUAAUAAUAAAGAACGAUUUGGACA